CGUGUAUGUGUGGAAGAGCUUUAUAAAUAGAAACCUCCAUGUCCAUGUUUUACUCACCAAUCCCAGAACAGAAAAAAUCUUUCAUGAAUAUGAAGAGACAGAGAGAAAUUGAGGGGUUUGCAACGAUUGAUUUGGCAAAUUGUCUAAUGCUUCUAUCGUGCCCCCAACAAAAUAAGUUACAGAGAAAACAUGUUGAGGAUGUGGAAUUUGAGUGCAAGACAUGCAAGCGAAAGUUCUCGUCUUUUCAAGCAUUGGGUGGCCAUAGGGCUAGCCAUAAAAGGUCGAAACUUGAGGGAGAUGAACUCAAAGCACAGCCUAUAGGUCUAAGUUUGGGAAUUAGGAAACCCAAAAUGCACGAGUGUACCAUUUGUGGACAAGAAUUCUCAUUGGGACAAGCACUUGGAGGCCACAUGAGAAGACACAGAGCUUCCAUUAAUGGAGAUUUUUCUUCGGUUAAGCAUGUUGCAGAAGUACCCGUUUUGAAAAGAUCAAAUAGCACGAGGGGUAUGUGCAUGGACUUGAACCUAACACCCUUAGAGAAUGACUUCAAGUUAUUGUUUGGAAAAACCCCACUCAAUGCUGGUGCCCUAGUCUGAUUCUUUACUCUUCUUUUCUUUUCCCUUCAUUGUAUUUAGUUUUCUUCUUUUCAGAAUUUCUAUUAGUUAGCAUCCUUUUAUUUUUGUUUUUUUUUUCAAUUCGUGUAAUGCAUUCUUUCAAUUUUUUUAACGUGAUUUGUAAUAUUAGAUGAAA